GGCGGUUCACUGUGGAUGUAUGCAGAAACUGCGCAGUCUGAAGAGCGGCUUAUGACGGUAUGGAUACGUGAUAGGCUGGUUGAACAGAAUUCGCAUUCAACGAGAAUGACCAAAAAUGCACGAAGAAAAAAACUUCAAGGGGGGACAGAAGCUCCGCUGGAAGAUAUUGUGCGAAACGCAAAAAUGCUUGUCAUUGUUUCCAUCCGAAAAAUUUCCACAGAUAUUUUUCCCGAUUACGGAUGCCAUAUGCCCACGCCAAUGGUCGUCGAUCGCUGCGAUUUACUCACCAAUCCAGACUAUCAUAUCGCAGAAAUCUCUCGCUGUAAAAAAUUGUUGAUAACGCCUCCAACAAACUCCUGUCAGCCGGAUUUAAUGGAUUACUAUAAUGCUGGUAGUAAGAAUCUCGAUAAAUCGGAAAAGAUAUCGGAAGAGAUAUGCGUCAUUAGAUCGAAACGGACAUAUGGAAGCGCCUCAAUCACAUCAUUACCAUCGGAAUGUAUGGGUAGUUUUGAUAUUUUUGAUACCAAUUAUCCAUAG